AUGAUUAAACUUUUUUCAUUAAAACAACAAAAAAAAGAUGAAGAAGGCUCUGCCAGGGCCGGUGGUUCACAAAAAAAAGCUUCAGCAGCUCAAUUGCGGAUCACAAAAGAUUUGAAUGAAUUAAAUUUACCCAAGACAUGUAGUACAGAAUUUCCAGAUCCAGAUGAUUUACUAAAUUUCAAGCUAAUUAUAUGUCCAGACGAGGGCUUCUAUAGAGGAGGAAGAUUUAUUUUUAGCUUUAAGGUAGGACCAAACUAUCCUCAUGAACCUCCCAAAGUGAAAUGUGAGACUGCAGUAUAUCAUCCUAAUAUAGAUUUGGAAGGAAAUGUGUGCUUGAAUAUACUUAGAGAAGACUGGAAACCUGUACUCACUGUUAAUUCUAUAGUAUAUGGAUUACAAUAUUUAUUCUUGGAACCAAAUCCUGAAGAUCCAUUAAACAAAGAAGCCGCAGAUGAACUUCAAAGCAACCGAAGACUGUUUGAACAACAUGUACAGCGAGCGAUGCGCGGUGGAUACGUCGGCUCCUCCUACUUCGAACGGUGCCUCAAA